AUGAUACGUACAGGAUUAUUUGUUCUUUUUGUGGCAUCUUGCAGUAGUGCAUUUGUUCGGAUUCCACUGUAUAAGUUCCAGUCCGCACGCAGAACUUUGCAGGAAGCCGGUACUGAUGUGCAUCAGUUUCGACUAACAGAAAAUGUUAAUGGUCCUACCCCAGAACCAUUGUCAAACUAUCUUGAUGCACAGUACUAUGGGCCAAUAAGUAUUGGUGAUCCACCUCAGAAGUUCCGAGUAGUGUUUGAUACUGGUUCAUCCAACUUAUGGGUCCCAUCUAAGAAGUGUCAUUACACCAGCAUAGCAUGUUUGUUGCAUCGUAAGUAUGACUCUACGAAGUCAUCAACUUAUGAGAAAAAUGGGACUGCAUUUGAAAUCCAGUAUGGCUCUGGCAGUCUUUCAGGAUUCCUAUCUACAGAUGUUGUUAAUGUGGGAGGGCUUGUAGUGAAAAAGCAGACAUUUGCAGAGGCUGUUAGUGAACCUGGUCUGGCCUUUGUUGCUGCAAAGUUUGAUGGUAUCUUGGGAAUGGCAUACAGCUCAAUAUCUGUGGAUGGAGUCACUCCUGUGUUUUAUAAUUUGAUCAAACAAGGACUUGUCCCAAAGUCUGUCUUCUCAUUUUAUCUUAGCAGAGACCCUGAGGCACCACAAGGAGGUGAACUGAUUCUUGGAGGCUCAGAUCCCAAACACUACACUGGAGACUUCACUUAUUUGCCUGUGGAUAGAAAGAUGUACUGGCAAUUCAAGAUGGACAAAGUACUAGUUGCGAGCAGCUCAUUCUGUACCAAUGGUUGUGAAGCUAUUGCCGAUACUGGCACCAGUCUUAUUGCUGGACCUGUGAGUGAAGUGACAGCCCUGAAUAAACUCAUCGGUGGCACUCCUAUUGUGGGUGGUGAAUACAUGGUGGACUGCAACUUGAUUCCCAAGCUUCCUGAGAUCGAUUUCGUCCUUGGUGGUAAGAAUUUCACCCUGGAUGGAAAGGAUUAUAUUCUUAGAGUGUCACAGCUUGGUCGCACAGUGUGCCUUUCUGGUUUUAUGGGUAUAGAUCUUCCCAAAGGCCCUCUCUGGAUCUUAGGAGAUGUCUUUAUUGGCAAAUUUUACACAGAGUUUGACAUGGAGAAUAAUCGUGUUGGAUUUGCGGUUGCUGCCUAGAAAUCCAUGUGAUUUACCAAGGAUAUGUCCCCCCCCCUUUUAAUUGAUGUUAAAAGUACACCCCAAAUAUAGGUCCAUCAGAAUUUCAUUCAAUGUACUGUGACCUGUAAGUAUGAACCCAGUAGCUCACCAAAGUGGCAUUGCCAGGAGAAUGUUGCUAGAAUUCUCUGACUGUGAUUAGAAUAAUUUUACUUAUAAAGUUCCACUCAGGUGCUAGAUUGUGAUAUGGAAAACAGUUUUGGAGAACUUCAAAUCAGAUUUUGAAUAUAUUGCAGAGCAUAAGCAAUUUUCAUCCAACAUAUUACAGAAUUAAGAUUUUCAUAAUGAUAGGAUAUGUUUCAGUUUUUUGGAGUAACAGCAUUGCCAUUUGUUUGAAGCAGCAGUUCUUUCUUCGUGGAGUGUUGCAUUAUAUACACUACUUCAAACCCUCAUUUACAGAUGCUAAGAUGUCUAGAUACAUCUAUGAAUCUUCUGUUAUGAUGUGUUAAAGAGUCUAGUUUAUUUUUCAGGGGGUCACCUUAAAACUGGAUGUCACUAUAAACUUCGGUAGUACAGUAUUUAACACUCAUAAUAGUUAUUUGCCUAGGAGUGGCAAAUAUUGCAAAUUUAUAUAUUAAAACUAUUUUUAUGGUUGUAAAUUUCAAAUAUUACGUAUUUUUCUCUGUCUUAUAAUUGUAUUGAACAGCUGAAGAUUUCUGAACCACGGGUUGAGAAUAACUGCUUUAGAGCAAAUAGAGGUACAGUUAUAAUGUGAUAUAUUGUUGAUACCAUUUUCAAGAAUCAUAUGAGGUUUGAUUAAUUUAUAUUUGCUGAGUGUAACUUCUUAGCAUUCAUGUAAGAAACAUUUCUGGUCAAUAAAAUGUAAGAAGCAACUUGCAUAAUAUAUAAGA